AUGUCGCACAAGGGAAACAGCGGCAAGGGCAAAAAGUCCACAAAGUCAGGAGGCGAGAGCAAGAGCGAGGAUGUUCUUCAGGCGGUUGUCAUCGCCGACUCUUUUCAAGACAGAUACAGGCCUUUUACGACUGAGAAGCCAAGAUGUCUUCUCCCACUCGCAAACGUCCCUCUUAUCGAGUACACCCUUGAAUUUCUGGCAAUGAAUGGCGUCAACGAAGUCUAUAUUUACUGCGGCGCCCAUACCGAUCAAGUCGAAGAUUACAUCAGCCGCUCUCGAUGGUCAUCAGCUGCGCGCACAUCUCCCUUCUCACACCUUCAAUUCGUUCGAGUGGCCGAUGCACGCUCAGCCGGUGAUGUCCUUCGUGACAUGGACAAGCGAUCACUUGUCGAUGGCGACUUCAUCCUCGUAAACGGUGACCUGGUAUCCAACAUCAUGCUCGACAAUGCCCUGGCGGCGCAUCGAAAGCGCAGAGAAGACAGUGCGGCCAACAUUAUGACGAUGGUGUUGCGCAGUGGUGGGGAGGGCGAUCACCGAACAAAGACAAACGGAAUUACUCCUAUCUUCGUUGUCGAUACCAAGACUCAGCGAUGUCUUCACUACGACGAGAUGGACCCCUUGGCAAGCGACCGAUACAUGUCAUUGGACCCGGCUGUUGUGGACGAACUAUCAACCGAGUUCGAAAUCCGAUCCGACCUCAUCGAUGCCGAGAUCGACAUUUGCACACCAGAGGUCCUUGCGCUUUGGUCAGAGAGUUUCGACUACGAGCUUCCCCGAAAGAACUUCCUACACGGUGUGCUCAAGGACUGGGAGCUAAACGGCAAGAUGAUUUACACUGAAAUCUGCGAGGAGGGCUACGCGGCACGAGCAAGUAACCUUCAACAGUAUGAUGCUGUCAGCCGUGAUGUUCUUGACCGAUGGACAUAUCCUUUCAUCCCAGAGUGCAACAUUGUGCCCAAGCAAUCGUACCAACGACACAUCCAUGGUGUCGUAGCCGAACAGGGUGCCUUCUACGCAAACGAUGCCAAACUUUCAAAUUCUAUUAUCGGGCGCGACAGCAACAUUGGUUCAGGAAGCACCAUCUCUAACAGUAUUAUCGGUAGAGACUGCAAGAUUGGCGCCAACGUGGUUUUGGUGAAUUCUUACGUUUGGGACGAUGCCACAAUUGAAGAUGGAGCAAAGAUACACCAGUCUAUAGUUGCAGACUCGGCCGUUAUCGGCAAGAAUGCCACUAUACCUGCGGGCAGUCUGAUUUCCUUUGGUGUCAACGUCAGCGAGGGCGUUACACUACCCAAGGACACCGCGGUCUCUUGUGUCGACGUUGGUGGCAACCCCGUCACGCCAGACACCAAGCUGUUUGGAGCCAGCACCAAUGCCGCCAAGUUCACAGACCCUGAGGAUGAGGACCUCGAUGAGAGAGAUCCAUCUCAGCUGCAGAAGAGUCUGAUCUACAACUUGGCUCAGUUUAACAUCUCUACCUCGUCAGUGUCGACGUUAUCUUCCGAAAUAUCGGAAGAUGACAUGGAUGAGAACUCGCUGCACAUUAUGGCCGGCGAUCCCUCCCGUCGUACCUCCUUCGCCUCUGACGACGCUGGCGACAAACUUUCUUUCCACAACGAGGCUGUCCACGGUCUUGUUGACGCGCUUCGCGCCCAGUCCGGCGAUUUCGACUCGGCCAAGCUCGAGUUUAUGGGUCUCCGUCUUUCCAACGACGCUUCUGAUGCCAUGAUGCGCCGCGCCGUGGCUAGUGCCUUCGCUCAUCGCGCAGUAGAGCUCAUGACCCCUGAGUAUGGCAGCCUCGAACCCAGCAAGGCCGCAGAUCGUGCCCUCAACUCUCGUCCAGGCGCAACCAAGUUCAUUAAUGAAGUGGGCAUCGGUCUGGAGGACGACAACGAAGCUGCGCAGGUCGAGUUCAUCAUCGCUCUUCAAAAGGCCCUCACACGCUCUCAAGGACCAGAACAAUCCCGCGUGGGCAUUCUUCUCGCAGCAAUGCUGCAGCAGCUCUACUCACUGGAUAUCCUUGAGGAGGAAGGUAUUCUGGGCUGGUGGGAGAACGAUCGGGCCGUUGAGGGAGAGAGCAUGACACUGCUGAAGGAGAAGUGCAGAAUGCUGGUUGACUGGUUGGAGAAUGCCGAGGAGGAAGACGACAGUGAUGACGAAUAG